UCGCCCCAGCCUGCACCAUGGCCUCGCUGCGGCAGGCCGGCCCUCCCGACGGAGGCUGGGGCUGGAUGAUCGUUGCCGGCUGCUUCCUCGUCACUAUCUGUACCAGGGCCGUGACGAGGUGCAUCUCCAUUUUUUUUGUGGAGUUCCAGGCAUACUUUGGGCAGGAUUAUGCCAGAACGGCUUGGAUCCACUCCAUUGUUGACUGUGCUACGAUGCUCUGUGCCCCGCUUGGGAGUUUAAUCAGUAAUCAUGUAUCCUGCCAAGUUGGUAUCAUGCUAGGAGGCCUGCUUGCAUCUACUGGACUAAUUUUGAGUUCAUUUGCCACCAGCCUGGAACACCUCUACUUAUCAUUAGGAGCCCUUACAGGACUUGGGUUUGCACUCUGUUAUUCUCCAGCCAUCGCGAUGGUGGGCAAAUAUUUCAACAAAAGGAAAGCACUGGCAUAUGGAAUAGCCAUGUCAGGAAGUGGAAUCGGUACCUUCAUCCUGGCCCCCGUAGUCCAGCUCUUAAUCGAGCAGUUUUCCUGGCGUGGAGCUUUACUCAUCCUGGGAGGUUUUGUUUUAAACCUCUGUGUCUGUGGUGCCUUGAUGCGGCCUAUUGCUCUUAGGGAGGACCGUAAAACUGCUCCUGAGUUUCUUGAACAGGAUUAUGUUCCCGAAGCACAGAAACGAGACUUAAAGCGAAUGUCCAUCUGUUCACCUUUAAUCAAAGUGUGGUCUCAUGAAUGUUUAUGCUACUGUUCAUGGAAGGAAUACGACUUUUUACUGAUGCCAGGCUUCAUGUUGCUGGCAGUGUCGGUUUUAUUUAUGGCAUAUGGCUGUAGCCCUCUUUUUGUGUACCUAGUGCCUUAUGCUUUGAGCGUUGGAGUGAAUCAUCACCAGGCUGCCUUCCUCAUGUCCAUACUUGGUGUCAUAGACAUCAUUGGUAAUAUCACCUUUGGAUGGCUAACAGACAGAAGGUGUCUGAAGAAGCAUCGGCACUUUUGCUACCUCUUUGCUGUUGGAAUGGAUGGCCUCUGUUGUCUUUUCCUGCCAGUUCUCCAAAACUUUCCCUUGCUUGUGCCUUUCUCAUUUACCUUUGGAUACUUCGAUGGAGCCUAUGUAACGCUGAUCCCUGUUGUGACAGCAGAUGUAGUGGGAACUUAUUCCUUAUCCUCAGCACUGGGUGUCGUGUAUUUUCUGCAUGCCAUACCAUAUCUAGUGAGCCCGCCUGUUGCAGGUUGGCUUGUGGACACAACUGGCAGCUAUACUGCAUCAUUCCUCCUGUGUGGAUUUUCUAUGAUAUGUAGUUCAAUGUUAUUAUGCUUUGCAAGACUAGCAAAGAAAAUCAAAAGAAUGCAUUUGCGAUCGCUCACUGAUGAUACUGGCACCAAACAGCACAUCUGGACAAAUGGAGCAAUAGCUUAUUCUGUCACAGCAGAAUUAGACCAAAAGGAUGUUGAAUUUUUGGCUGCAGAUACAAACAGCUACAGCAACAGAUGACAAGCACUGUCAGGAUUCAGCACUGCACAGCUGUGACUGAGAUGGAGGUGGCUCCGUAGCGUUACGCUGUUGAAGAUAUUACUCCUGUGAAACAAGGCAUCUCUCAAUUAGAUUUUUCUGUCGUGUUUUAAUUGGCUAAAAUCUACAUACAGCAACAGUAAUACCAAGUUAAUGCAGUAAUAGAAGAAAGCUAGACUGAAAAUAAAGACAGUUUGUAGAUACAAGUGUUCACAAUUUGUUUGAAAUGCAAUACAUUGACUCCACAGGUAAUCUCAAAGAUUAUCAUUGGCUGUAAUCAAAAGAAAACUAUAAUCAGUCACCAAAACUGAACAAUAAAGUUUAAAUUAUUUCAGAAAUACUACUAAUGAGAUAAGUUUUUUGGUGUUCUGGUCUAUGUUUCAAUGGACUAAUCACAUACGCCACCAAAAAACCUCCGCAUUUAUCAGUCUGUAUUAAACUCUUUGCAAAUAACUGUUUCAAAUGCCAAAGCCAUUUUUUUAGAAAAUCUGACACGAAACUGUGAUUUAUGCUGAAAGUAUCUCUGGAGCAGCUUUAAUUUUUACAGUGUGCCUGCAUUUUAUACAUAAGUUGCAAUUUAAUUUCAAAUAUGGUUUUAGACCUACUUUCCCAAGCCCCCUACAGCAAAAUUUUGAGGUGGUUGCUGCUUUUUUCCCUGGAUAUCUUUAAAGCUUGACUUUCUAAACAUUGACAUACCAGGUAUGAUCCUCCAGCUGAUCCUUGUCUGGGAGGGUGGAAGAGGUGCUGUGGCUCCUCUGCUAUCUGAAGAGGAGUAAAUUUGUGCCAGGGGACUAGGCACGCUGAUAGACAAACCUGCUUUAGCUGCAUUAGUUGGAAGAAGCCCAAAGGCAACCCAGGGGACCAGAGGAGACUUGUGUUUUUCCAAAUAGAGAGCAUCUUCCUCCUGUAGAAUCAGCAGCUGUUGAAGAAAUUUAGAGUCCCUGCAAGCAGAUGACUGAAAAACUGCCUGCUAAUUAGGCUAUUAGUAAAGAGGAUGUUGGCAGACAAAGUUGUUUCUGCAUAUUCCAGUGGCAAGUCUGUCUCUCUUCAACCCAGGAUCUGUAUCUUCAGGUGCAAAUUACUUGUUUGUGCCAACUGAAGAGCUGAUUAGGUCACUUGUCCUGGAUGGCCAGAACACAACAGCUGUGAUUUGCUGAUGGUUUCCUGCUACUUGUGAGAGGCAUAUACUACAGCUGGCUGGUUCACGGGAGCUAUAGACUCAAUGUAGCUCAUGGGGUAAAUUACUGAUGUGAUAACUUAAUGGGAUGUUCCUACAUUUCCAGAGUGAAACUGUUGUCAGCGAUGGAGGAACUUCACAUUCUGCAAUGCAAAUCACUUCUGUGUUUUGAUGCUGUAUAAAGCUGCAUUCUGUUCCUUAGCAAAUUGAUCAGAGUCCAAAUAAUUUUUAUCAAUGCUGAACUAGUAGUUUUGUUAAUCAUCUGCAGUGUAUUCAGUGGUUGCUCAUGGUGUCCUAUUUCAGUCUGUGCCUCAGAAGGGAAAGCAAAAUAGACUGAUGUUCACAAAUUUGAUUUAGAUCAAGAGUACAGCCAUAGUGGUAUAAUGUAUUUUUUUUAAAUAUAUAUAUGAAUAGUAUGUGUAUCAAGUAGUUCUAUUAUUCAUGCAUAUUUCAAAUACAACAUAUUAAAAUUGUUUGACUUCA